AUGGACAAAUGCUUACCUUUCUACGAUGUCUUGCGGGGAAACAAAAGAUUCGAGUGGGCAGAUAAGUGCGAAGACGCAUUCAAACAACUAAAGCACUAUCUAGCGACUCCCCCAGUUAUCGCAAAACCCGUGGAAGGGGAGCCUCUAUUCCUAUACAUAGCGGUAUCGGCAACGGCCGUUAGUGGCGUCCUGAUCCAGGAAGAACGUGGAGAUCAGAAACCGAUCUUCUACGUAAGCAAAACAUUGCUGGACGCCGAAACGCGCUAUCCUUUAAUGGAAAAAUUAGCAUACGCAGUCGUAACAUCAGCACGGAAACUUCGACCUCCGAGCCAGUCGGGAAGGUUAGCCAAAUGGGCCGUCGAACUCAGCGAGUACGAUAUAGAUUAUCGUCCCAGAACGAUUGCAAAGUCUCAAGUACUCGCGGACUUUUUGGUGGAACUACCAACCAAAGCCAUAACUAACAAAGAGCCUAACUCGACUUGGCUCCUUCACGUUGAUGGAUCAUCGUCAAAACAAGGAUCCGGUAUCGGCAUCCGCCUGACAUCGCCGACCGGAGAGAUCUUCGAACAAUCAUUUAGAUUGGAGUUCCACGCAUCGAAUAACGAGGCAGAAUACGAGGCCCUUAUCGCGGGAUUACAAUUAGCCCACGGUUUGAAAAUACGAAACCUCCAUGCUUACUGCGACUCUCAACUGGUUGCGAGCCAGUAUAGCGGGGAGUACGAAGCCAGGGACGAAAGGAUGGAAGCAUACCUCAAACUAGUCCAAAAUUUAUCCCAAGACUUUGAUUCUUUCACUCUCACUCGAAUUCCUCGUUCCGAGAAUACGCAAGCAGACGCACUCGCAGCCCUGGCCUCGAGUUCGGACCCGGGACUUAAAAGAGUAAUCCCGGUCGAGUUCAUCGAACAUCCGAGCAUUGGACCUCCCAUCGUCAUCAAUCUUAUUCAAGAUUAUAACGAAGAGGAAAUCGCAGUCCAGUCAGAAGAAACGCCGGAACAAAACGAAUAUGGCUGCGAUACACCAUGGCUGGAGACGAUACGAGCGUAUAUCAUCGACGGAAAAUUACCCCCCGAGAAGUGGGCAGCUCGAAAAGUCAAAACCCAAGCCGCUCGUUAUGUAACGGUCGACAGAGAAAUUUACAAGUGGAAAUUCUAUAGACCACUCAUGACGUGUUUAGAAGGGGAUAAGGCGAGAAAAGUAAUGGAAGAAGUUCACUCUGGUUCCUGCGGAAAUCAUUCCGGCGGAAGGUCACUCGCCGUAAAAAUCAAAUGCCAUGGGUAUUACUGGCCAACGAUGAUCGGAGACUGCGAAAAAUUCACACAAAAAAGUGAAAAAAUGCCAGAGGCACGCUCCGACUAUUCGGCAACGUGCGGAAGAACUCUCCUCCAUUACGUCACCAUUCCCUUUCAUGCGCUGGGCUAA